AUGAAGAGUGACUCCAUUGCGGUUGAUGUUCCUGCAGAGUCUAGCUCAGCCAUUAAAGGCAAAGCUCCUCUCCUCGGUUUUGCCAGAGACCACAGUGGCUCAGGAGGUUACAAUAGAGGCCUUUCCAUUUUCGAUUUCCUUCUCCGUUUAGCAGCCAUUAUAGCUGCUUUAGCUGCUGCUGCCACAAUGGGGACUAGUGACGAGACUCUCCCUUUCUUCACUCAGUUCUUACAGUUCCAAGCUAGCUACGAUGAUCUUCCGACUUUCCAGUUCUUUGUAAUUGCCGUUGCAAUAGUCGCAGGUUACCUCGUCCUGUCUCUUCCCUUCUCAGUCGUCACGAUUAUUCGUCCUCUAGCCGUCGCUCCGAGACUCCUCUUGCUAGUUCUUGACACUGCGGCUCUGGUUCUGAGCACUGCGGCUGCUUCCGCGGCAGCGGCUAUAGUGUAUUUGGCACACAACGGGAAUCAGAACACAAACUGGCUUGCGAUCUGCCAACAGUUUGGAGAUUUCUGUCAGAAAACGAGCGGAGCAGUUGUCUCUGCUUUUGCCUCUGUCGCCUUUAUAGCCAUUCUUAUCGUCAUCUCCGGCGUCUCUCUCAAACGGCACUAA